AUGUCCGCACAAAUAAAAGAAGCCACUCCUGAUAUGGAACUAUUCGCCGCGGGCUGCAACGCCUGGGCGCAGCUCGAAUUUGACACAUUCCUUCCUAGUAAUUCAGAUGAUUUGACCGAGUUCACCAAGAUCGCAGUUGGACAGACAUUGCAAAAGCCUGUUUCUAGGCUAGCGUACACGCUGAGUUUGUAUUCUUCAUAUCAGAAAUUACCAUCGUCUAAUUUCCUCAUACCCUUUGCAGUUCAAAAUGAUGACAAGUUUCUCAUCGCUGGCUAUUUCCCCGAUCCAACCAUGGCCCCCAAAGCCGCCUCAUUCGUCAUGCGGGCAAAUGGCGACAGUCUCCGCCCCAUUGGCAGCUCAGUUUUUGAAAUCUCCAUCAGCAAAGGGGGUGCAGUGAACACGGACAAGAUGUACGCUCAAAAGCCCGUCAAGCAAAUUGCGGCGCUCGACACGGCUUUUGUUUUGCUAUACGAAGACGGCACCGUCGCUACCAUGGGAGACGCACGCUUCCCCCAUGUCCUCGGUCGCAUGAUUUCCGAAGAUGAGCCCGCGGAAGAGCUUUUCACACUGCUUGAUCUCGAUACACUAGGAGACCCGGUGCAGCACAUUACAGCGUGCGGUUAUACAGCUGCAGCCCUCACAAAGUCGGGUAGUGUCUACAUAUGGGGGCAACAUCCACAGUCGAGAGCCAAAGAGCUGCCAUUCUUCCCAGGCCUCUCUCGCUUUCCAAACUAUACCGAAAUCGGGGGUGGGAAAGACAUUGCGGAUAUUGCACUGGGCGAAACCCACGGCAUCGCUCUCACAAAGCAAGGAGAUGUAUACGUCAUAGGCAACAAUGAAAGCGGGCAACUAGGCAUUCCAUCUGUCAUGUCGGUCCGUACGUGGAUUAAGCUUGAAUUUAGUCCACCCCAGAACGCUGUCGUCACUGGAGUCGCGGCCGGGCCACACACAUCAUUCAUGCUAGUCUCAUCAAGUCUGGCAGCAAAUUAG